GCUCGCAGACAAAAUGGCGUUCAAGUAGUGAAGAUGAACGUUAUAUUGCAGAAAUGGUCUUCUGCUGCCCAUGACAGAAUAGAUAGAAUACCAAGAUGAGAUUUUCUAUUCUUCCACGACAUGACACUUUGUUAAUAGUCUUUAUUAUCAGUUUAGUUGCCGUUCCAUCGUUUAUAAGCUCAGGAAUUCCUAAAAAAGGUCCUGAAAGAGAACUCAAAGAAUCAAAACAUUCCAGAGAUAAAAAUGUGACAGACAGCAUUGCUGAUGUAGGAUCUGACAAGGAAUUCGUGAAGGAGGACAAUGAACUUGAUGACAACCAAAGACAGCAUGUGAUGAGAGACAAUGACUAUGAAUCUGAAGAAGGACCUGUCCAAGCAUUCAACAAAAGAAAACAUGGCCAAAGCGAAGAACAGGACAACCAAGGACCUAUGUAUGAUGCAGAAUAUGAUUCCAACACCCGAAGACCUCAGGAUGAAAUACAUGAAGCCCAAAGCUAUGACAGUGGCAUCCAUGAUAAAGAUUCCAGAGAUAAAAGUGUGACAGACAGCAUUGGUGAUGUAGGAUCUGACAAGGAAUUCGUGAAGGAGGACAAUGAACUUGAUGACAACCAAAGACAGCAUGUGAUGAGAGACAAUGACUAUGAAUCUGAAGAAGGACCUAUGUAUGAUGCAGAAUAUGAUUCCAACACCCGAAGACCUCAGGAUGAAAUACAUGAAGCCCAAAGCUAUGACAGUGGCAUCCAUGAUAAAGAUUCCAGAGAUAAAAGUGUGACAGACAGCAUUGGUGAUGUAGGAUCUGACCAGGAAUUCGUAAAGGAGGACAAUGAACUUGAUGACAACCAAAGACAGCAUGUGAUGAGAGACAAUGACUAUGAAUCUGAAGAAGGACCUGUCCAAGUAUUCUUAACAAACAAAAGAAAACAUGGCCAAAGCGAAGAACAGGACAACCAAGGACCUAUGUAUGAUGCAGAAUAUUAUUCCAACACCCGAAGACCUGAGGAUGAAAUACAUGAAGCCCAAAGCUAUGACAGUGGCAUUGAAGAAUCUGAUGAUGAAAUUUGGAAGGACAAGGAACAUUUUGGUCAAGGUUCUCAGAGCCAAUUGAAAAAGAAAAAAGAUCGGCAUGACAAUAAGUCAAAAACAGCUGAAGUUGAUGGAGCAAAAGGAAUGCACUCAUCCGAGUCAUUUCUUAUUCCUCAAGAUACAGUAAAAGAUGAGGAUAUUCAACACAUAUCCACUGAAGUGAAACACUUGGACGCUGCUGUCAAAAGGAUAUCAAGCUUUGUAAGAAAGACGCUUGGUAACAUUAAGAAGAACAUGCAUGAAAUGGCAAAAAUGGUAUCCCGGGUGCAUCCUAUUGCUCCUUCUACAAUGAGUCACAUGAUACAAGUUACAAUGACGAAGACGGAGAAAGCUGUACGGAAACUGUGCCUGGAACCCAUACAGAAGAGUCUCAGCAUUCCGCCCUGGUCGGCGUGGAGCUCCUGGGGGACCUGCUCCCUGACUUGUGGGAGUGGAGGCUACAAGCUGCGACAUCGUCAGUGCCAGUCAACAUCUCAUCACCAGUGUCUUGGCAACAACUUUGACCUCUCUCAUUGUGUGCUUCAAAACUGUCCAGCAACGUGGCUCUCAUGGGACCAGUGGACUUCCUGCUCAGCUACAUGUGGUAAUAAUGGCCACCAAAUGAGAAGCAGAAUGUGUCUGACUUCAUCUGAGAAAGUUCAUUGUGAAGGAUCCAUAUCCGAAAUGAAAGUUUGUUUUUCACACAGCUGCAAGGACUUACACAACAAUGCAAUCAACGGACAUAUUCACAUCGAGUCCAAGUUGGGCAACAAGGACCAUUUUCAUAUGAAUCUGCAUACACAUGAGCCAUCCAAAUCCACUAACACAUCAUCAGGUCAUGUGUGGUCGACCUGGAGUGGCUGGACAACGUGCGAACAGUGUUGGAAGGGUAACAGGAAACGGAUGAGAAUGUGUGUGAAUUCGCGGAAGCAACCGGACAACAAAAACCUGUGUCCUGGAGCUGAUGCAGAAUUUGGGCCAUGUGUUGGUCCAGCAUGCAACCAUGAUAAUGCUGUGUAUGUGUCUGAAGGCCAGUCUGUGGAAUUAAAAUGUCCAAAACCUCAAGGCACGGUUCCUACCCUGGUGUUCUGGAUCACGCCCAGGAAGCAGCGCAUCCGGCCCCACAGUGACAACAAAAGGAUACAUAUGUCUGGAUCUUCUCUCCUUGUUGAUGAUGCUAGAUAUGCUGACCAGGGGAUAUACAGUUGUAUUCUGCUGAUCAAGGGCUCUCACCAUAUGGUAGAAACUACACUUCUGGUGGACACAUGUAAAACCCGUCAAUGCCAGAAUGGUGGAGCCUGCAAGGUUACAAGCGACCCUGAGUUUGAUGGCAUCAUGAACUACAAGUGCAGUUGUACUGGAAAGUACCAGGCCCCCUUCUGUGUGAUUCGUUCAAUAAAUGUAGGCAAAUACAUCGGCCCCAUCAUCAUAUUAAUCAUUCUCCUGAUGCUCGUCAUAGGGCUUGCCUUGUGCCUCCUGAGAAGGUCCUUGCGUAAAGCUAAGAUUGAUUCCUUAGGAGAAAACCAAUGGAAAAAGGAAGGCACACUGCAAACGGAGAAGAAAACAAAACCCCACAAGACAGAUGGGAAGCCUGUACCCAUGGAGAGGCCAGAAGACAAAGCUGAUAUCGCCAACGCAAGCAUUGUCAGUAACGAUGGAUCCUUUGUCGAGAUUACUGAACAUGAUUAUGUUGACUUUGAUGGUUUUGACCUCCCCCAGGAAGAGAAGAACCCAAGAGGAGGCUAUGAAAGUGGCCAUGCUUCAGAUGGGUAUGAAGGCAAAUUCUUGAAAUAUCCAAGUCCCCCCUACAAAAAUGUGGGUAAGAAUUAUGAACAGAAAGAGUUUGAUUACAUCCCGAUGGACUCCCUUCCAGAACAUGUCAGCACUCACCCAAAUAAACCUGCAGGAGUUUACAAUGAUGUGUCAGCGUUCAAAGACGUCUCCAGUGGAAACAUUGAAAACUUCUAUGAGAAUCUCAGCUCGGAACAAAGAGCUAGGCCAUUCUACCCUCCACCAUCGAAAGGUGAACAAGAAUAUAUUGAGACAAUGAAAUACAAAGCUAGCUUAAAACAAGGAAAAGCUUCUAUUGACAGGGAGGCACUUGCCCAAGAGGCUGUGGAAAUUGUUGCAAAGAAUCUCACAAGGCAGUGUUUGGUUGAGAUCGAAAAUGAGUCCCAGAAUCCAACAAAAAUUGUGUCCACAGCUUUGAAUUCAUCUCAGAUGAGAUCUGAUUCGCCUGGACCAAAUAAAUAUCAGCCCCAUGGACGUCCUGGUAACCCCAAUACCAAUAUGACAGACAUAUCUGCUGUGAAUUCAAAAUCCCCUAAAAAGAAAACCAAAUCCACCCAAAGAGAGGAAACAGCGAAUCUGCAGACUAAACAUCUUAAUAGAGUCCCUCAGAACACAGCACCUGGUGAUGUUUCUGAUCCCGCUAAGGAUAACAGACCUGCUUUUAAGAAAGGAGGAGUAAUACCACCUGAGUCUCAGGGCUUUGUACAACAGCUCCUCACACAGACAGAGGGGAGACGUCCAAUGGUUUCAAAGAACAGGAAUCCUGUACCCAAAGCAAGGAGAAUUCCUGAAGACACAACCAGGCAAAGCCAAAUAAGAUCUCCAGUCAGCCCAACUCAUAGACGGUAUGUAUUCCCAAUGACACUGUCAGUCAAAGACAAGCAACAAGAGGCUGAGUUUCUCAAGCACUUUGCUACAUCUUUUUCCAGCCAGCCAGUAAGCCCUACUACCAGUACACCAAAGAAAAAUGACAAGAUAGCAUGUAUGAAUGUGAUCAUGCCUUCAGACAUUAUGAAGGAAGAAGAGGAUGACUCUGAAACUCUUGGCAAGAAGGGGAAGUCUGGUGAGCUAAUGGUGGUCACGUCUAGUAAAGUCCUUGGCAAAAGAGAACAGGAACCUGUGACUCGGGGCAGAGGCAACAUCAGCAGUAACAACAGACAAACCUCUGCAUCAGAGAUGUCUUCUGGGAGUGAAGUGUUCUCAGACUCAUACUACCAGUCUCUAACUCAAGUCUCUGAGCCCACUGAUUUGAGUGGAGGAAGCUUCUGUACACUAGACACACCAACCGUCGAGCCCACUGAUUUGAGUGGAGGAAGCCGUUUCCGUACACUGGACACAUCAACUGCCAGGCCCACUGAUUUGAGUGGAGGAAGCAGUUUCCGUACACUGGACAGAUCAAUGUCGUUACAGGCAAUGCCAGAUCUAGACAACACUGUCAGCUUUCCUAAGCUGACCAUCAGCUAUCACGAGGAGAGUCUUGGUCAAGCUGCUGGAUCUUGGUGUCCAUCAAAUCCUGGACAAGAUGGCAGCCUCUUCCAAGGGGAGAUAACUGAGGGGAGUGUGUAUUUGAGUGACUAUAACUACACCCAAGGUACACCUGAUGAGCUCUCAGAGAGUCAAUGUAGUGGUGACCACACAUCUGAUGAUGAUGAUGCAUCUGAUGAUGAUGAUGAUGAUGAUGAUGAUCCAUGAAGUCUGAUUACGUGAAGUUGUUAAAUUGUGUCCGAAGAGAUUGAAAUGGCUAUCCAAUAUGUACCCAAAUUAGAUGGGAUUUCAAAGAUUUAAGAAGUAAAUGUGACAUACAAUAUUUUCGUGAGGCAUUCAAGGUAUUUUAUUACAAUAUUAGUGAAUCACUCAUAGAUGUUGUGAUUAUGGUAACAGUGGUGCUUCUUCUGAUGUCACAGUUUGCUUAGCAUUGCUGGUGCCCCCCAUACUGUUCCAUGAGGCCAGACCAGUCUUGUUUUCUUGUCAGCGUGCCAUGAUGCAGGAAUUAUAACACAAACUUUGCCAAGGUUCAUUUGAAGAUCAUUUCCUGAUAGCAGCUUUUGAAACAAAUAUGCAAUCUAACAUAUUUUCAAGACAAAGUUUACAUUAAUCAAUCACUAAUCAAUUAAGAUGAAUAAGGUCUUCUAUUUUUAUGAACUUUUUGGCAGACUAUUCCAUACAUACAUUAUUAUUGCUGUCUUUUACAUUAAGUGAU